AUGGCGUCCUUCCUAGAUAACGCAUACAGUCUCGUCCAUCAGGACAACACUGCCGACCAGCCCACGCUGCAGGAGCUCAGGUUGCAGCUGGAGAAGGGCAAUGAUGAGACCAAGUUGGAGACAAUGAGGCGGAUCAUCACGAUCAUGCUGAACGGAGACCCCAUGUCCGAACUCCUGAUGCACAUCAUUCGCUUUGUCAUGCCGUCACGAAGCAAGCCGCUCAAAAAGCUGUUGUACUUCUACUAUGAGAUCUGUCCCAAGCAUGACGCGAGUGGGAAGUUGAAACAGGAGAUGAUUCUAGUCUGUAACGGCAUCCGCAAUGAUCUCCAGCAUCCCAACGAAUACGUUCGCGGCAAUACCCUCCGAUUCUUGUGCAAGCUCCGGGAGCCCGAACUGAUUGAGCCCCUCCUUUCGUCGGCCCGCUCCUGCUUGGAACAUCGCCACGCCUAUGUGAGAAAGAAUGCGGUGUGGGCAGUCGCUUCUAUCUUCCAACACUCCGAAUCUCUUAUUCCCGAUGCCCCCGAACUCAUCCAGACCUUCCUUGACACCGAGACCGACAGCACCUGCAAGCGGAAUGCCUUUGCGGCCUUGAUGUCCAUCAGUCACCAGAAAGCGCUGGAAUACCUCUCCUCUACGUUCGACGGCAUCCCUAACACCGAUGAACUCCUACAACUGGUCGAACUGGAAUUCAUCCGCAAGGAUGCAGUGCAGAAUGCUCAGAACAAGGCAAGAUAUUUGCGACUUAUUUUCGACCUCUUGGACGCAUCUACAAGCACCGUGAUCUACGAAGCCGCGACCUCCCUGACCGCCCUCACCAGCAACCCUGUCGCCGUCAAGGCUGCCGCGGGCAAAUUGAUCGAGCUGUGCAUUCGGGAAGCGGACAACAACGUGAAGCUCAUCGUUCUUGACCGUGUCGACCAACUCAGAAUUCGCAAUGAGGGUGUCCUAGAUGACCUCACCAUGGAAAUCCUGCGUGUCCUCUCCAGCCCCGAUAUCGAUGUCCGUCGCAAAGCGCUUGGCAUCGCCUUGGAGAUGGUUUCCAGCAAGAACGUGGAGGAGAUUGUCAUGCUGCUGAAGAAGGAGCUGGCCAAGACGGUGGACGAGCAGUACGAGAAGAACAGCGAGUACCGUCAACUUCUCAUCCAGUCGAUCCACUCCUGCGCCAUCAAGUUCUCCGAGAUCGCCGCUAGCGUCGUCGACCUUCUUAUGGACUUUAUCGCCGACUUCAACAACAACUCCGCCGUCGAUGUCAUCUCGUUUGUUAAGGAGGUGGUCGAGAAGUUCCCUAAACUGCGUGGUGCGAUUGUCCAGCGUUUGGUUUCCACUCUUAGUGAGGUCCGUGCCGGAAAGGUUUACCGCGGUGUGCUGUGGGUUGUCGGUGAAUACUCCUUGGAAGAGAAAGACAUCCGGGAAGCCUGGAAACGGAUCCGAGCCAGCUUGGGAGAGAUUCCCAUCCUUGCCUCCGAGCAGCGCCUUCUGGAAGAAGUUCCGGAGGAAAGCGUUCUCAAGGAGCAGGUCAACGGCCACGCAAAGCCUUCCGCCCCUACUGGUUCCCGCAAAGUGCUGGCAGAUGGCACGUAUGCCACUGAAAGCGCUCUCACCAGCGAGUCGGCUGCCGCCGCCCGACUAGCCGCUGUCAAGGCCGCGCAAAAGCCGCCUCUUCGCCAAUUGAUUCUCGACGGUGAUUUCUACCUGGCCACUGUCCUGUCUUCGACUCUCACCAAACUGGUGAUGCGUCAUUCCGAAGUCUCCGAGGACGCCGCUCGCACGAACGCCCUGCGUGCGGAAGCCAUGCUGAUCAUGAUCUCCAUCAUCCGAGUGGGACAAUCCCACUUCGUGAAGGCCCCCAUCGACGAGGAUUCGGUGGAUCGUAUCAUGUGCUGUGUCCGCUCGCUUGCGGAGUUCUCCGAGAAGAAGGAGCUCGAGACUACGUUCCUGGAGGAUACCCGGAAGGCCUUCCGUGCCAUGGUCCAGGUCGAGGACAAGAAGCGAGCUGCUAAGGAAGCCGUGGAGAAGGCCAAGAGUGCCGUGCAGAUCGACGAUGCCAUUCCCAUCCGACAGUUCGCCAAGAAGAAUGCUUUAGAGGGUGCAGAGGAGAUCGAGCUGGAUCUGGCCAAGGCUACCGGCGGUGAGUCCACCGUUGAGACGGUGUCAUCGAAGCUGAGCCGGGUGGUCCAGCUCACUGGUUUCUCCGACCCGGUCUACGCGGAGGCCUACGUUACUGUUCAUCAGUUCGAUAUCGUCCUCGACGUGCUUCUGGUGAACCAGACCGUGGAAACCCUGCAGAACCUGUCGGUCGAAUUUGCUACCCUUGGAGAUCUGAAGGUUGUCGAGCGGCCCACGACACACAACCUCGGACCCCGGGACUUCUUGAAUGUACAGGCUACAGUCAAGGUGUCGUCCACGGAUACGGGUGUCAUCUUCGGUAACAUUGUGUAUGAUGGGGCCAGCUCGACGGAGACUCACGUGGUCAUUCUCAACGACAUCCAUGCCGACAUCAUGGAUUACAUCCAACCGGCCCACUGCACCGAGACUCAGUUCCGCACCAUGUGGACGGAGUUUGAGUGGGAGAACAAGGUCAACAUCAACUCCAAGGCGAAGAGCCUGCGGGAGUUCCUCAAACAGCUGAUGGACAGCACCAACAUGGCUUGUUUGACCCCGGAUGCAUCGCUGAAGGGCGAUUGCCGGUUCCUGAGUGCCAACCUAUAUGCCCGGAGCGUAUUUGGCGAGGAUGCGCUGGCGAAUCUGAGUAUCGAAAAGGAAGGAGAGGACGGACCGAUCACUGGCUUCGUGCGGAUAAGAAGUCGCUCGCAGGGGCUGGCCUUGAGCCUGGGCUCUCUGAAGGGUCUCAAGGCCUCGGCUGCAUGA